UUUUUGUUUUUUUGUUUUUUUUUUGUUGCUCAUUGACAAUACCAUUUAUUUAUCAACAGAAAACAUUAAUCUCAACUUUGUGAUAAAAAUUCACAUAUUCUCAUCUUUGACAUAUAUUAAUGGAUAUUAAAAUUUGUAGUUACUUGUGGAUUUCAAUCUUAUUGGCAAUACCGGGUAAAGAUUAUUUUUAGAAUUACACAUACACUAACCUUGAAAUACGCAAAGGUCAUGAAAGUUUACUGUGCUGAAUAUGGAACGGUUAAAUCACAUAGGGGCGGAGCUACACAAAAAAACAGGACUUCUCAUUGGUUAGUUAUUUUUGUAUCGUUACGAACUCAUUGAGAGGUCGAUAGUAUAUAUACGGUUGAAAUGUUCAUUCAGUUUAGCUAGACAGUCGGCGUGUCUACACAAAUAUACAAGAAAACACUUUAAGGCUUUUAUUUACAUUUUUUUUUAAAUCUUUACUUAUCUUUGACUAUUUUCCAGUGAAUAUGUCGAUAUAACCGUUUGUAUAUUGACCUAUCCUGUUGUGUUGCUGCGCUCACGUGGUAUCAUCUAAAGCUCCGCUGUGUAGGGUGAACCAGCGAAAAUAAAAAGACUUGGUUCAUAGUGGAAUGCCGUGUCGGGAAAUUGUAAUGAAAAUGUCAGGGGAUUUUUGCAGUCCGGAAUGGCUCAAGGAGAAUCUCCGGGCGGGUGAAAAGGUUCUGUUGAUCGACUGCCGACCACAAAAUGACUAUGUCCGAUCUCACGUCCAAGGUGCAAUUAACGUAUCACUGCCAAACCUCAUGUUGAGACGACUCAAAAAGGGGAAUCUUAAGAUCUCCUGCCUUAUUCAAAAUAAUGAGGCUAAGGACACAUUUAACAGAGUGUGGAAAAGCCAUAAAAUUGUGAUUUACGAUGAAUGUACCACGGAUCCUAAUUCUAACCCGUCCAAUGUGGUGGAUCUACUCAUGAAAAAAUUACGCCAGGAUGGAGCCAGUGUGUCGUGUUUAGAAGGAGGUUUUCCACAGUUUGAAAGAAUUGCCAAAGAUCUAUGUCGGAGGACUGAGAAUACGGAUGAAUCAAUUUUCGGAUUGUGCAAUUUAAAAAUAUCGGACGAUUCCGGCAAUGGAACUUCUGAAUCAGACAGUGAAAACCUCAAUUCGCCAGCGUGCAUGUCCCCAUACCCCGUGGAAGUUCUGAACCACCUCUACCUAGGAAACGCGAAAAAUUCGGCGGAUAUUACCUUACUGAAGAAAUUUGGAAUUAGAUACAUUUUGAAUGUUACCCCCAAUGUGCCAAAUAAAUUUGCAGAAGAUAGUGACUUUAAAUACAUGCAAAUUCCAGUGUCGGACCAACUCUCACAGAACUUGUCGGUGUUUUUCCAGGAGGCAAUAACAUUCAUCGAUGAAGCUCGCGAGAACGGGUGCGGGGUCCUCGUCCACUGCCUGGCCGGAAUCAGCCGGUCUGUAACAGUGACCGUCGCCUACCUCAUGCAGAAGGAGCACAUGAGUCUAAACCAAGCAUACGAUCACGUCAAACGGUGCAAACCUAACAUUUCACCCAACUUUAACUUCAUGGGGCAGCUCUUGGACUUUGAAAAAGCCCUAUCCUCUGGAGAUGACACUAAAGGCCAUCCAGGCUUCUUCUGCCAACGAUCAAACACUCUGGAAUCAGACGUUAGCGUGCGCCAAACAUGAACAAAAACAGUAAAAAAAAUAGCAUUGUUUACAGUUCGUAAUAUGUUUUUCGUCUGCCAUGACCAAAGCGAAGAAACAUGCCCGCGCAUACACCGUGAGAAAGUGAUCGGAGACUAAACGCUAGCACAUGUGCAUACCAGAAUACCAGACCAUUGUUUUAAUGAAUUGGAAGGCAUAAACAUUCGUUGAAGUGCCAACAUGAUGAUCUCAAAAAAACUCUGUUCAUGAACGAUUGCAAGAGCACAAGAUGAAUUAAGACACUGACGUCACAACUCUUGAAAUAUAUAUGUAUCAAGUGCGGGCUAUCUGCCAAAUCAGCUUUUUUUCUCUCUGCAUCUUUUGGCCUCUCAAGUUAACGACCAAACAUUUAGUCGGGGUUCCAUAAGGAAGUUGACUAAGUACCAGUACAAACCAUAAGUAUAUUCUAAAUUAGCCAGAAAGUUUAUAACGAGAAAAAGUCUACUUUUUCUAAUCGGAAGAAAACUGUAGUUGACUUAUCUGUUUACUGCACAUCACUGUAUGUCUUCAGUAUGAAAUUAAGAAAGGCAGCUAACUUCAUUCAUUCAUCGGAGUACAACACCGUGGUUUCAUUCCAUCACGUAAUCAUAGUUCCGCGAUGUCGGCGUUAGUUGUUAACGAAGUGGUCAAUACACAGAGAUCUUUAACAUGAAGUAUAACGGAGAUAAAGAAACUUUAACGAGAACUUGUUUGAUAAAAUGGAAGUAAAUGUUUUAAACGGAGAAAAUAGUUCCCCAUUUUAUGUUUUCUCAUUGUUGACUAUAUAUAAAUUGUUGGAGCUACACUUACUUUGACUGUUGCCAUAGCAACAAAAUGUUAAAAAUGUUUUUUUAAAAUUUUCCUGAAGCAGAUAAUUCUAAAGGUUUUUAUGUUUGUUAUAUACUGUACAGAUUAUGUUAGUUGAAUUUGAAAACAUAGUGCUAAAGUUUUCGAUGUACGUUAAAUAUUUUAUAUCGUUUUAUGAACUGUGAUGUUGUUCACGAUCACUACUGUUACUCGACUGAUGUUUUGGUGUUUCUUUAAUCCAAUACAUUCUUAAGAAAAGUAGUUCCACUAGGUUCACAGGCGAACUCUUUCUAUUAAAUCAAAUGACAUAUUUGUUACUUGUUUUUAAGUUUUGAAAGCUCGUUUAAGUAUGUAUUAGUUAUUGUUAACAAUCAUUAAAAAAAUCAAUGAUUUGCUUUUAUUGAGCUUUGAAUUUUAUAAUUGUUUAAAUGUAACAAGUCAGAAUAAUGGAAAUCAAUAAGCGGUAAGAAAGAGUCACCUGCCCUUGACCAGCUGAGAACUAUUUCCUUACGUUUGUAUGCGGAGUAUAGAAACAAGAAAUAGUUUUUGCCCAUUUGACAUUCAUUUACCCCAAAGUGUUCGCAUUUGUUCAUAAAUCAGCGAUCCAUUACACACUCAUUUGUUCAUUGACGUUUUUAUACAUAUUUUUCUGUUGUCUAAUGAUGAUACAGUAGAACAUACAAAAAAUAAAAAUUGUCUCAAAUUUAAAAA